UAUUUUUUUUUAAUUUUUUUUUUUUUGACAUAUUGUAGUUACCUUGUAAUUAAGCAGACCUCUAAGAUUUUACUUUUGGAGACCACUUUUAAUCCUGUUAAAUUAUGAUUGUUUGAUGUUGAUGCUUGCUUUAAUUAUUACUACUAUCUAAAAUUAAAUUAUCCUUAUUAAGAUUGCUAUAUAUGAUUUUGACUAGUUGACAAAAUAGUUUAGUAUUAAAAAUAAAAUGAUGCACUUCAUCAUCAUGGAUCACAAAGAAAUUUAUUGGGUGAAGUACUCAAAACCAAACCAUAUUUUCUUCUCAAAGCUAUUUAAAUUAUUUAAUUCACACCAAAUAUAAUACUACUAUAAAAUAUACAGUAUGAAAAAAAGACAGAAAAACUAUCACUGCUUUUGACAAAAGACAUCUUACUUAGCCACCAGCCCACUAAUUAAGGUUUACUUUUAUACACACAUUUCACUUAAUUAAUUACUUAUAUCUUUCAUAGUUAUUAUAAUAAUUAAAAGAAAUGUCACAAAAAUGAUCUUAUAGUGGGGUUUUACACGACCUACAAAUAUGUAUAGAAAACGAUUUAUUUUUCAUUUAAGUUUUAUAUAUCGUCAGUGAAUUAGAAUUACUUAUAUGUAUAUCAGUAUAUUCUUAUGGCCAUUCAUAUUUCUCCAAUUAGUUUCUAACCAUCUUAAAACUAGCAUUUUACAUCAAAUGAAAGCUAAUAAAAGUUCUUUAUAUUCAUGAUGAAACCACUAGGAAUGCUAGGAUAUAAUAGCAAAAAGUACAAUAAUUAAGUUGUAAUGCAAAGAAAAAUUAGGAUCAACUAUAUAAAGAUUCACUUAUAUCAUAGUAUUCCGAUCAAUAGGAAUUGAUUGUAUGCUAGCAUUACACAAAAUAACAUAAAAGUUAUAAAGUAAUAGAAGUUAUCUAUAUUGAUCAUGAUGAUGAAUCAUUUGGUGGCACUAGGAUGAUUUAACUAAAAUUCUAAACUUUGGGUGAUUUGAAUAUGGUGACCAUGUCUAUCCACUCCAUGGUUGUCCAAAUAACUAAAGCUAUAUGAUAAAGUCUUGAUCCAAUAAGUUAAUGUGACACCUUAAUUAGUUUAAUUUAUUCAUAAAGUAAAAGGUAAUCCAAUAUAUUAACCUUUUAGUUAUGAGGGAGAUUCAAAGAAGGAUCGAACAUCUAUUAUACAUAUUUACUAAGCCAGCGUCAGCAUUUAAAAAGUUAUUAGCUAUUCAACACUACUAUUUGGCUCAUGUUGAUCACAUGAAAUUGUACGUUCAUAUGAUUAAGAUUAUAAAAAAUAUAGAAUCAGUAAGAAAUUUCUAUAUCCACAUGCUACGCAUGAACAAUCUAGUCACGUUAUUAAAUUUCAUAAAGGCAAAUUUCUAUAGCACCAAUAACCAUAAUUUGACAAAUACAGAUUUAGAAUUUAAAAUUUAUGAUCACUUUUUACCGUACUUCAAGUUAAUACAUUAUAACAACUUGAUUCACAUUCAAAUAUUUAUAAAUAUUUGGUAAGUUUCUUGAUACAUAUAUAGUAUUCGAACCAAAAAUACUGAAGUCCGACAUGUAGGUUUCUACGUAAUUCUAGUUGUAACAACAAAUCAAGAUCCACUUCAAGACAAAUCUAGACCAUUGCCUUUGCACUUACAUUUAUACCUUGAAUUUGUCUUUCACCAUAUUGGAUAUAUAGCGCAAUCCAAUGUAGAUAGAUCAUAUAUCACUUUCACACUCCCAUCCACACAUAAAAUUAAACUACUCAUCCACUUUAAUAAUUCUUGCUUCUUAGCUUUACUUAUAUAUAUUCCUUAGCAUAUAUAUAAUUUCACUAUUUCGAUCAUCAACUUCUUUGAUAAUAUCAAUUCUUAUAGUUUCAGUUCAUAUUAUUUCUCUCACUUCAUGAGUCAAGCUAAAAUACAAGAAUCGAUUUAUUUUCGAGAGAAGUGAUCGUUGAAGUCAUAAUUUAUUUUUUUUCUUGCUUCCAUCGUGAAAUUCGACAAUCUAAAUUGUUUCAAAGUUUGUUAAGGAUAGACACUCAAAUGAAGAGUCCUUCUAAGAAAUUAAGUAACAUUAUAGCCAAGUGGAGGAAAGGAAAGAAAGGUCAAUUUGUUGUGUAUACAAAGGAAGGCAAGAGAUUUGUUGUGCCAUUGUACUAUCUAAAUCAUCCAAUUUUCAAAGUUUUACUUGAAAUGGCUGAAGAGGAGUAUGGUUCAAAUGUGAAUGGUCCUUUGCAAGUACCUUGUGAGAAUGAAUUGAUGGAGUAUAUUCUAUGUUUGUUGAGAACAAAACUUGGUAAUGUGGAAAUUGGAGAAGCAAUUUCCUCUAUUGGUACAUGUAGAGAAACAAAUGUUUCUUGUAAUUUCUCCUCUUUGCAAUGUGAUAGUUUAGUUGAAAGUAUGUCUUGAUGACUUCAUUAGGUUAGAAGAUAGAGUAGGAGAUGAUGAUUAUAUAUGCAUUGUAAUUACUAUAACAUUGAUUACAAGUUUGAAGUUUUGAUACUUUUUUACGUA